GACAAUUAGCAACGUACCUGACAUUACACAUGUCUUCUGACAGUUGUCCUCUAAAUCUAUUAAUUCAACGUGCGAGAUAUUAUUCUAACCAAUUCUGACAACAAUCAAAUAGUAAGUUGAACUGAAUGUUGCAUCUCUGAAGAGGUGGACAUGACUGCUCGAGGAACACCGAGUCGUUUUUUACAGAGCGUUCUUCACAAUGGAGUGGGCCGCUAUGUUUGUCAGCUAAAGCGAAUCUCUCUGGUCUUCUCAAAGAAAGGACAGGGCUCUUUAGGAGUCAGAGAUUUUAUUGAGGAAGGUGUGGUGGACUUUGCCAAAAAUAACCCCGGAACUGUGAUUUACAUCUCCCCUCAGUCCUGCAGAAUUCCUAAAAUAGUAGCUGAAUAUUUGAAUGGUAAUGUGAAGGAGGAGAUGGUCACCAACAAAACAUCGCAGCAGAUUGCCGAACUCAUAACCAAGAUGUCCAACCAGUCAGGACUGGACAUCAUCCGCAUUCGAAAACCUUUCCACACAGACAGUCCCAGUAUCCAGGGCCAGUGGCACCCCUUUACAAAUCGACCCCCCAGCAUCGAGCCAGUGCGCCAACAGACGAAAUAAUUUGCUUUGUAUUUAUUCCCUGAUUGAUGUGGUGACAAGUUGGGUGAGCUGUGAACUUCCUCCGCCACAGCACGAAAAUCAGUACUAUGAUCAUUUAGAUGUUUUAAGCAGUGAACUGUUACUAGACUGCUAAAAUGGUACUUUCCUGUUUGAUGAAUUAUUACAGAUUAUUUGUGGCUUGAUAAAGUUUAUUAAAUAACAAUUAAAUUUGCUUAUAAUAUGAUCAUCCAAUUGUGUCCAGUGGGAAUUUUUUGAACCUUAAAUGUUAAAAGCAGAGGGUGAGUAAUUUUUCCACUCCUUUUUAAGCUUAAUAAAAGCCUACUUUUAAAAUA